AUGAUCUUUGGCAUUGCAACGCAAGCAACAGGAGCGGCCGCACGCAGCGACGCGAAGCAACAGUGUGGCAGGUGCCGGCUCAUCCCGGAGCAGUCUGACAAGUGCGUGGGCGGCGCGGGCGGCGUGCCAGAUGGCGCCGGGCGCGGCCCACCUGCCUCCCGGCGGGCGAGGCAAAAAGCGCAGCGCACCGCGUCCAGCCGGCCAGGCGCUCCCGUUCUCGCCUGCCGCGCCGCGCAAACGCCGACGUCGGCGGGUCUGUCGCGAGUCGCCGCAGCUCGGCCGCCGCCUGAUCGGGCCCGACAGGCGAACCGCGGCGGCGACGCGAAGUGGAAUCUGCGCGCGCGGCGGAAAGGAGACACGCCGCCCGCCGCCUGCCGCCUGCUGGCUCCGGUGUCGCCGCCGAGUCAAAGGCCUUGCAGGACACUCUGCGGACGUCUCCGAACUGACCAAGUGGCGGCGGCGACGGAGACACGACACGGCCCCUGGGAGUUGCGACCGGGCCGUGACCCGCCUUCGUCCAGGCCCCCCGCCCCCGACAUCGCCCCGCCCCCGCAGCAGCCGCCGGCUGUUUAA